CUCUAAGAGCCUCCGUAUUAUGUAACACAAAAGGGGGACGGCCAGCUUCUUAGGUACCCUUCUGCUACGUCCCUUGUUUUGAGGGUUCUCUAAGCAGAGGGCAGAAUUCUCACAGGAACUCUCUUCUGGCAUUUCUUCGUCAGGAUGGCACCAGACGAAGUAGGCUAGUUAUGGGAAGACUUGGAGAGAUGUUGCUGGUUGUUUUGCUUCUGCUGUCUCUUCCUCAAGACUCUUCGGCUGUGUUCUUGAACUUUAAGAAUGGCGUGGACUACAAGUACAAGAUCGACACAGAGUCCAAGUUGUCGAAGAUCGAGACACCAUUCAACAUUGGAGCUCAGGUGAGUUUCCAACAUGUGAAAGACACGGACACUGGCCAGGUGUGUCUUCUGACGGUACACAGUAUGAUCUGGCACCACGGAAGGGAGUCAGCUAUUGCCACACAGCAUUAUGACUUCUCUCAAUGGUUCUCGUUUGAGAUCUCUGGCCGUGGUGAGAUAUCCCGGGUGUGGUACCCGCCUGGUGAGGUGGUAGAGGUCGUCAACAUCAAGAAGGGAAUAGUCAGCUUCUUAGCUGCCAAACUGCACCAUAACCACGAGGUGGGCAGACCGAACGAAGACAAGUGGAACUACAUCACCAAUGAAACUGGUCACGAAGGUGAACAUGAAGCGGUGUACAGUGCAGAACCGCACGAGGAUGGACUCAAGUUCACCAAAAUCCGCGAGGGACACCCCAGCAUCGGCCUUGAUUCCGAGGAUACGAGAAUGCACAAGGAAAUCUACAUCAAGCAUGACGGGGACGUUCCUCACCGUGUGCGGAUCAAGGAAAAGGUGACGUCACCGCGGAAGGCCAAGCCGGGGUUUGAUGUUCACGAGGGCACCAGGGGAGGACAGUUCGUCAACGAACCGGAUAACGUCGACCUCCCAGAGAUGUCUACUAACGCAGAGUCCGAGUUCACACUGAUCGGACUGAGGCACACCAAACCGGCCACUCCUCCACCCGAUCUGCGAGAAGACACGCUGCACGUCACACAUCAUCGUACAAAGACUGCUCACGGGCCACAGUUGAACCUGACGUACGCACAAGAACUCAUCAAAAAGGACCUGGUGUGUCUGAGGAAACUUGCCAGCAAGAAUGCUCACACCAAGAAGGGCAUAACUGCUUGCUAUACCAGUCUGAAGGACACCCUUGGGAAACUCAGUAACGAAGACCUGCUCUCUGUGGUUGACUCCUACUUCAACCAACCCCUGGCCAACUUGGCUACGAAGCGCCUAGACCGGGCCCAUCUGAUGGACGCAGUGGCAGAUCUACACACAGACUUUACAGAAGACUUAAUCAUGGACUACGUCUUCCUGUCGGAAGAACCAGACAGGAGGAUCAUAGAACGUGUCCUGGUCCACUACGUGGGCAUAGACGGCCUGCCACCACAGAGGCUUGUGGACUUCUUGGAGAGUGUGUCCUUCUAUCCAGAGGACUAUGACGAAGUGUACUUGACCAAAUCUGUUCGACAGCGAUGCAUGCUAGUUCUGGGCGCCGUUGCGGAGAAUCUCGCCAAACAUGGACGCAAGGGGGUCGCGGGAAGGAUCGUGACACGCCUCGAGGACAACCUCGGCCUUCACGACCCUUGGAAGGAGAGACAGAAGCGUUCCACCCUCACACCUCUGGAGCUGGAGGAGUUGGACCACAGCCGAGUCACCCUGAUGGAGGCGCUCGGUAACGCCGCCCAGCGGAGUUCCUACGAACACCUGCUGUCCUACGUCAACCAAUCAUCGGCGCCGUCCUUACUCCGGAGGGCGGGGCUUCACGCCCUCAGGAACUACCAUCAUAAAGAGGCGGCAGAACGUCUGCUACUGUCUGCUCUGACGGACAAAGACGCCCAUGUACGGUACGAGGCCAACCUGUACUACCAGGCACAUCCGCACGGGCAGCAAAUCCAAAACUGGACGGGACCCAUUGGACCUGGUGUAAAGAACGUGACAAGGCCGGGGCAUCAGCGGGUCAAGAGAGGCCUUAAUGACCUUUUUGACCCGAUCGAGUUCAACAUCGAGUCCCCUGCCUGCGACUGGAAGAAAAUCAUCGGAUCUGCAAAAAUUGGGGCGUCAUUUGGUCUUAUAAUCAGGAACGCCCUGGACAUGUACGCAGCGGCUCAGGAAGGUUAUGUAGAUGUCGACGUUCACGAUGAGGUCUUCGCACGUGUGCAUCUGGGCGUCAUGAACAUCAACCUGGACAUCUACGUCAUCCGGCUGUGUUUCAAGGGCCACGCUGAGUACAGUUUCAACCUGCUACAGGAAUUCGACAUUAACAGUGUCUCAGAUCUGACCACGAAGUUCGACAAGAUCAUCACCAAAAUCUUCGACAACAUCAACCGUGGUGUGUCCGCCCUACAGGAUAUCAUAGCGGGCGAUAUCGACUUCCAGCAGUUGUUUGAAGACUUGAAGGACUCGGUCGAAGAACUCCCGUCCAAGGUUUGGAGUAUUGGUGAGGUCGUUACAUAUGCCAUGAAUGUGACGGGGAAGUAUCCACUGGAGGCGUGGCCUGUACACCUCCGGCCAUUGGUCAAGGCCGUGUAUGGGGUCAUCAACAAGAUCAACAAAAUCAAGACUGACGUCUUAACAUUCUAUGACCUCUUAACGCAAACAGUGACUGUUGAUCUACCCUGGGCUGUCGACCAGAUUUGGGAUUCAAUCCUAGCAAUAGUGGACUCUAUCGACGACGUAUUCAGCAACCCUAAAGGUGCCUUGGCAGACAUCUUCAAAGCUGUCUUCAGGUUGCAGCAGGCUGUUGCUAAGAUAUUGGACAACGCGAGGCGGAUGAAAAACAUUGUUUACCCAGGGAAUCACUUUCCCGACUGGUUCUAUCCGUAUGAAAUGGUGACGCAGGCACGGGAUAACCUGACCAACGGAUACGCGGCCACAAAGACUGCCACUGCCGCGUGGCUCGUGCAGUCCAAGAAGGACCCCCUCCGAGCGUACACUGGCAUCAAAGAAUCGAAACUCCGAAAGAUCAUGGCAGAUGAGCUGGAAUCUGUAGUCGACAGGCUGAAAGAGCCGCUAGAACCACUGCUAACCCUCGCGGACCGGUUCCGUCCUGUCUUCGACACUGCGAUAAACAUCAUCAAUGCUGUCAAGGAAGGAUACACCCUACUGAACGAACAAUACGUGAAGGUCAGGGCCACGUACGACGGUGUGUUUGGCCCCAGGGCCAGCUUGAAGUUUCAGAGGAAGAUAAACGUAGAGAAGGGAGGUGGUUGUCCAGGAGGAUUCUAUCCAACCACCCAUAACGGAAAGUACGGUGACCGGCAGGGCGUUGACCUCCAAGCUGAUGUGGGACAUAGGGUGUAUGCCCCAUUUGCAGGAACACUAGAGAGGAUGAGCAGUACAGCGGUACUCAUCAAGUGCACAGGAAGCUCUGUGAAUGGGAUGACGGCGUAUGUCGAGAACUUUGAGCUGAAAUCGGAUGUUUUCGCAGAUGCUACUGCCAAAACAGCUGAGGUAACUGCUGGACAACACAUUGGAACAGUGGUGAAUUCAGGGUGCAACAACCACAUCCACUUUGCCCUAAAGAAAGGCACAGGCUACCUGGACCCUACCAAGUUCCUGGAGAAGAGGUUGUUCCAGCUCCCAGUAUGGGUACAAGAAUGUGAUGACUACAAACUGGUCUGGAAGUUGAAGACCAUAGCGUCAGGGUCAGUGGUCGGUUUGGCGGGAACCCAGCAGAAGGACACCUCACCGGCCAGAACUGCCACCAAACCAAGCACCUCCAACCUGAAGGGGAAAAUGUCUGCCAGAUCAGGCAGACGGAAACGUGCUACCACCAAGAUCAACGCCAACGCAGCAACUGCCAGCAAGUACGGCUUCCCACCAGUCAAUGCGUCAGGUCCGUCCAGCAUCUUCAACAUCAACAACCUGAAGGUCGGACAGGUCAUAGACUUCCUGGACGCAGUUGGGCUGACGGAGAGCAAGAGCAACCUGCAGAAAGUUGCCGAUGACCUCAAGGCACUUCUGGAUUCAAAACCGUGCGAACGUCCAGAGUCCAUGACUGAAGCACAGCUCAGGAUGGAGCUGGAACUCCGAGGACAAAACAGCACCGGACCGAGGGAGACACUCAUACAGAAGAUGAGGAAAUCUGAUGACGACAUGUGUCCCUUCAUGACGUUGUCCAUGCCCAACAAUGUUUACUGUAAGUUCUCGGACCUGUGCCUGGGGCUGUCAUGCUGUGUGGAUCUCAAGAUGUGGAAGUUCCGAAAGUCGAUCAAGGCCUACGCAGUCUUCAACAUCACUGACUUUACCUUCUACAUGGGGAUAGAGACUCCCGGGGUGGACCCCUUCCGUUACCAGUAUAAGGUGGCAGAUGCGUUCUGGGGUGAAGAAAAAGAGUUGGACACAGGAAUAAAGAUUGAUUUUACUGGCGACCCACUGGAUCUCAGAAUGAGGUUUAAGCUGGAGUACCAACGACCUUCAAGAUUCUUCAUCACCUUGAGUUUGGGUUUGUGUGGUGAGCAGUGCAUGGAGUUUAUCCACCUACUGAAGCACAUGCUCAUUCCCGUACCGAAGAAGGACGCGAACGGGAAUUUAGUAAUGCCGGAAAUAAACAUGGAGGAGCUUGCGAAAACCGUGGUCAAGACUGCGAUGUCAGAUAUUGCGGCCAUGGCUCUGAGAGCUCUUGGACUUCCAAGUGACCUUUUGGAUGGAUCCAAGACUUGCAUGUUUCCAGAUAGACUUACGGUUGGGCAGCUGAAAGCGGAAUUGACGAACAGGUCCCUGACUACAACAGGGAACCAGAGCGCACUCGUACAACGAUUAAAGACCUCAGACUCAACCUGUGACUACGGCGCCCACCUCCCAGCCGUGCCAGACCGUCUGAACCACAGUGUGUACUGCAAAAUGGACCACACAUGUCUCGGAAUCAGUUGCUGCACGGAACUCAGCAUCAAGUCCCUGAACUUCACCAGAGCCUUCAAUUUGUGGCUGCGGCUCGACGCCUGCAACUUUCAGUUCGUCAUCGGGUUUGAGACACUGGAAUACAGAAAGCUUCUCUUCACUUACCCAUGGGGAACACCAGAAGAAAUCAAGUUGGCAGAAGGUGUCAUUGUCACUCUCACCAUCAACAAGACUGCAACAGACUUUAUAGUGGAUGUCGGGGUAAUGAUCUGUAUGAUCGGCGGAGAGUGUAUCAUUGAAGGGAACUUCAUCCGGAAACUUGUGGUACCCAUCCCCAUCUGUAACAAGAUAUCCCUGGACGCUGCAUCAAUCGACCGGUUCAUCCAACAAGCAGGAGAGAACGUGGCGUCAGGACUGGUGGACCUCAUCGUUGAGAACGCAGGACUUCAAGACAUCUUCUACCCUGCUGGGCAAGUGAUCACACUUCCUAAAAGGACUCUGCCAGGCAACUGCUCCCUGGCUCCGAGCUUCGACUGGCUCCCGCAGGGUUUCAGCUGCCAGGUCAAUGCCUUCUGCUUGGGACUGGACUGCAUCAUGAACAUGAACUUGUUGAACUACACCAACAUUGCGACCUUGGCCUACAUCAACCUGGACUUCUGUAAUUACACCUUCAACAUUGGACUUGGAAACUGGAGCUACCAUCUGGCCUUGUUCACAUACCCAUGGGGAAAAGUGCAGGAAAAAGUCCUGGGAGAAGAUGCCUUCCACCUGCGCUAUUCUAUCGGCAAGAACGAUGUCAAGAGAGUAUUUGUGGUGAACUUCAACGUGACUCUGUGUAUCGAAGGAACGUGUUCCAAGAGCAAUCCACUGAUCAGCAACAUGGAGAUUCCACAGCCGUUCUGUAACACCAACUUGUCCACAACUAUACCGGAUUUGUCGGUAAGUGGCCUGCAGACGUACGUGCAGGAGCAGGGGUACGUGGUGGGCCAGGUUCUGGCUGAGACCAGUAAAAACGCCCUGCUGCAGAUCCUGGGCAUAGAUGACAUCGUGGAGGAUCACACCUGUCAGAGACCUGUGGUACUGCAGAGUGGCUGGUCAGGGCUCGACAAAUGUACAGACAUGAAUGCCCCUACCCUGCCCUCCACUAUGACCUGCACUGUCCAGUCCAACUGCCUGGGACUGACCUGCUGUCUGGACAUGAACUUGAAACUGGUCAACAUCACCCUCAAGGCCUCCGCCGUCCUGGACAUGUGUAACUACACCUUGUCUUUGACCCUUGGGAAGAGGGUCAUCCGCAAGAUGUUGUUUAUCUACGAGUGGGGGAAAAGAGAAGAAAUCCCCAUUGGUGACGCUUUCAAGAUCUACUACUACAUCAAGAAGAAUGAUGCGGAGAAGAAGUUCCUGGUAACUGUGGAGAUAGCGCUGGUCAUCGACGGUGACGUAGAGGCCGUGUACCCACUACUGAAGGACAGCAAGAUACCACAGCUCUUCUGUGAUCCUCAAGCCACCCUGACGUUCUUAGAUGGUGUAAGGACAGCUGCUGACUAUAUUCAAGCCGUGGGCAUCACAGAGGCCACACAGGUGACCAGUACAACCAUGGCUGGGCUUUUCAGCGCUCUUCAAAUCAGCGAUGUGAUACAAGAGGGCAUAAGCCACCUGCCCCCCGUCAGCUCUGUCCUAUUCAUGGGCUGGAUAGAUGUCCCUCUAGCUGCCUGCCCAGAUGUUGCCUGGCAUGAGCUGGCUACAGGUGUGGUAUGUGAGGUCACCAGCCCCACCUGCACAGGUGUCACCUGUUACAGGGAGUUCGACCUGAGUCUGGAGUCCUUCCAGUCCAAGACGUGGAUGGACUUCGACCCGUGCGACUACCGGCUAACCAUUGGGGUCGGUUUGAAAACCGUCACUUACUCUGUGCUGCCAUCGAACACAUGGAACUACACCUGGGGUGAAACCAAGACUGUGAAGUUUGGGACGGUCUUCAACUUGACCUUUGCAAUCGGAAAGGAGGGAGACAACUUUGUCUUUGACUUCUCCUUGAGGUUCUGCAAGGAUGCUGCAACCUGUACGAACAACACCUUCCUGCAGAAAACUAAAGUUCCCCAACCCACCUGCUACAAACAAGACACGUGGACACCAACUACAGGAUCUGUUAGCACCGCCAUCACACAGAUGAAGCAGGCGGCCGCUAGAGUGCGAGCACCAGCGGUACUGCCCGGUGUGUUUGUGGAGGCAGCAGACAGAAUCAUGGGACUGGUACAGGUGUUCACUGGAGCUACAGACUGUACAGGGUCCACCACCGGAUGGACAGGGGAUAACAAUUGCCCAGCUGCCGUGUUACCGACCCUUCCUACUGGAGUUGGCUGUGCCGCCAGUGAUGGCUGCUACUCUGUGACCUGCUGCAUGACCCUUGACCUCUGCUCCAUCAGGACGGUCAAGCCGAACUUCCACGUGACCUUCGACCCCUGCACCUACAGCAUGUCUGUGGGGAUGGGAAAGUGGACAUCAGAGUUCAACUUGUACCAGUACACUUGGGGUCAAACUGAGACCAUCGCCAUUGCUUCAGUCCUAUCCUUCACCUACAGUAUCCAGAAGCUGGACAGCGAAAAUGUUUUCCAGAUCAGCUCCUCCUUCAGACUGUCCUGUGGGACAAGCUCUGCACUAAACAUCCCAAUCAUGCACAACACUAAAGUUCCGUACAAGACUGACUGUGCAGCUGUCAGCAUUCCGGACACAGUUGAUACCUUCCUAGCCCUACAAGGUGGCCAGGUAGGAAAGGCAGGACAGGACUAUGUGAUGAGAGGUCUGGGACUGGCCGACACCUUCGCUGGACACAGCUGUAGUCAUCAGGGUGGCUGGCACGGGCUAGAUGCCUGUCCAAGCACGUUACAGCCUCCAACAUUGCCUAGCUCAGUGGACUGCAGGUUCGAUGAUCUGUGCAUGGGAAUGAGCUGUUGCGUGGACUUUGACCUAAAGGUUGGCACGUUCAGGACCACUGCAGCUUUGCACUUUGACCCCUGCAAGUUAACGUUGUCGGCCCGAAUUGGUGGUACAGACUUUACUGGCCUGGAUCUCUACAGUUACACCUGGGGAACUGAACAGACACAGAAUGUUGGUGUCAAUGAUAAGCUUCGCCUCACGUACACAAUCAGCUACGACAAGCCAGCUAAGACCUAUUACCUCAACUUCUCUGUAGCAACGUGUGUGGACACGUGUACUACACCAGUGGUCAUCCUAUCACAAGUGGGCUUUCCUGAACCAGCCUGUGUUCAGGAGACACCUGUCCUCCCAGGAGCUGGAACCAUUCAGGAUCUUAUCACACAGUACAGCGACAACCUUGGCGAUGCCGCCCUCCAGCCUGCCUACAGAUACUGGGGUCUUCCCGAGGACUUCAACCCUCAGGACACCUGCGUGGUCCCUGCAUCAUCACCUUCAUGUGACCUUGACCUCAGCACCUUGAACCUCCCCGACACGUACCAGUAUUCCCUCCACGACUCCUGUACAGGGAUUGAGACCUGCGUGGAGUGUGACCUUCAGGUUCAAGCAAGGUCGUCCAAGGUGGCUGUCAGCUUUGACCCCUGUGACAUGACCUUGACCCUUGCCCUACACACCAUGACCCACACCGUCAAGCUGUAUGACUUUGAGUGGGAAGUGGAGCAUGUCUGGGAGGUUGGAAAUCUGUAUCAGCUCAAGUACACACUAACGAAUGACCUUGAGGCAAGGCAGUACAGGAUUGACCUUGAGGUCAUGACCUGCCUUGACCCUGACAGUUGUCAGUCCUGUGGUCAUGUGAUGCAGAACUCUGUCUUCCCCAAACCAACGUGUGAUUCUGAAGAAAGCUGUGAACUAGACGAUUCCAACCCAGGUCUGAGUGUAACAGCCUACCUGAACAGUUUCGGAGCCGGCACCACAGACGCAGCGGCAGAAGAAGCCCUUGCAAACGUGUACCGGUGUCAGGGAAUCCCCUACAUGAUGACUGAGUCCUGUACAGCACAGGCAGACAACUGUCGGUGGACAUCUUCCCACUCAGAAGGGACAGACUGUGGGGCGGAGAACAGCUGUACUGGGAUCACCUGCUGCCAUGAAUUUGACUACAAGAUUAUCACAAAACAUCUCAGUGUCUUCUUCGACAUCGACCCGUGUACGUACAUCAUUUCCCACGGAAUCGGCAGCCAGACGUUUACCCACAAUUUCUUUGACUUUCCCUGGGGAGAAGAGCAGCGAAUCAGGAUUGAGAAGGCUUUCUUCAUCAAGUACACUGUGGCAGAUGAAGGCAGUGCCUACAGAGUGAGCUACUUCGUGGCCCAGUGCAAGGAUGACACGUGUCAGAACGGAUGGGACCUUCUAUCUGACCAGAUUGUCACCAAGCGACAGUGUACAAAAGAGACAUGUAGUGCACUUCAACUACCAGGUGAUGGCAGCCUUUCUGGCUUCGCCACCGAGUUGGCCGGUACUGUGAAUGAAUAUGUAGAUGAUGCAGUCUUUUGUAAACUGGACAUGACGGACCAACUUGGAGGAGAAGAGUGCUCCCUCCAACCAAGUGGGGUUGGACCAUCUGAAUGUUCCAGUAUCAACCUUCCCGAUAUUCCUGGACUUCACUGUGAGAUUAACCCAGGAUGUCUUGGAUUUGUCUGUUGUAUGGAGAUUGACUUAAAGGUGAAGACCUGGAGUUUUAGGAUGGGGGUUACGUAUGACCCAGAGACAUACAGAGUGGAAGCAGUUGUAGGAAACAGAAGACAUGACUACGAGCCAUUCCUGUACCCAUGGGGGGAGGAGCAGACUGACACCGUUGGCCCAAUCACUGUCAAGUACAAUGUGGACUACCCUGCUGGAGGAUUGCGUAACGCUAUGAAAUUUACCAUGGAACUGGAUGUCAGCAUUGAUGGAACCAGGGAACCCAACAUGCCUCUCACCAUUGAAGCUACCUCUGCUCAUCCAUUGGUGGAUUCUCCAUAUGUGCUUCCAGGCACUGCAGACAGUUUCCUUGGGGAAAACGGAAACGAACUGAAGAAACAAGCAGUAUACCGCUUCUUAGGUGUAUCAGACCUGUACACUGCGGAUGACUGUAGCCACAGUGUGCAGACAACAGUCCCUGAUACUUGUGUAGAACAGAACGGCACCCUCCCGAGUGAACCAGGAAACCUAACCUGCAGCUACACUGACCAAUGCAGCAGUGUCGAAUGCUGUCUGUCUGUGGACUUCAAGACCGGACGUAGGUCCUUCAGAGUAUCAUACCAGAUUGAUGUGAAUGACUAUAAGCUGACAGUUGGACUGGGCAGCUAUGAAUUCACCAACAGUUUGUUGCUGCCAAUGACUGAGGAGAGAGAGGAAACUAUCGGUGAUGUCUUCAGGAUAAGGUACAACAUUGAGAGCUUGACAGACGACCAACAGUACAAUACAAACUUGAAGGUCAUCUUUAACUCCGGGGAAGGAGAAGAAGAAGAGUUCAUCCUCCUUGACAACAUCCUCAUGCCAGAGGAGGCACUUGAUCCUGGUGUACCAUUUAAGAUCCAAGGUAUUUCUGUGAAACCAAUUGCCUUCUAUCCUCUAAACACACAACUGGGUGGAAUGGAUGUAACAAAGACAGGAGACAACGCUGUCCUUCAUGGAACUAGUCCUGGUACGGGACUCAACAAUGAAGACGGCGGAUCACAGACCAUACAAGAUACCGCAGACUCUCGCUCACACAUAGAUUUCCCCAACUACGGCAAACUUGAGUCAAGAUCAUCCAUAACCAUACUGGUCGCCAUUCGCCCGAGUACACUCGACCAGUCUGCACCGAUUUUCGACUACAGGGGAGGCAGUGUCGGUCCUGAUGUCCAUGGUUUAUACCUUUGGCUUUCACCGAAUGGGAGUCUAAGUGCAAAUCUUCAGAUGCAGACACAAACCGGGGUAGAAGACGUGAUGUUCCAAUCCGAAGAAGACGCAGUGAAGGCAGGAGAGUGGAACUUCGUCGGCGUGUCCUACGACAACGUCACGGCAACAGGGCACCUGUGGGUGGACGGAGAAGUAGUCGUGGAGGUACAACAUCCACCUGGAAGGCUGGCCACAGACACGUCUGCGAGGGCGGGGUAUGCGGAAGAUGCCGAGGGGAACGGGUUCGCCUUCAGUGGGAACCUGGCCUGCGUACAGGUCUGGAACCUUUCCCUCACGGGUCAACAAGUGGGAGAAGCCAUAAACUUCUGCCCUUACACUGGGUCCUUCUCUAUAACAGCCUGGCCAGAAACUGUGGCAAAGUUCCUCCAAUCCGUCCACUAUGACCCUGCUGGACCAAUCGUGGGCACUGUGACAAAGGCUGUCUUCCGCCACUACAACAUGUACGACUACCUGGAGCAAGACGAAUGUGACACCGCAUCCCUCACGGCAAGAUCCUGCCCAGACCUUUCCUUGAAACAAGAUGACACGGUGUUCCUUCAGCCGUCUGACCAAUGCCUUGGAGUCCAGGGCUGUGUAAAGCUGGACUAUGCAGUGAAGACAUACUCUUUUGGCAUAUCAUUUUCUCUCGACCCAAACGCCUUCACCGUCCGGUACAGUUUUGGUGGGCAACAGUUCACCGCAGACCUCUUCGAAGUGGCAAACGGAGCCAUACAAACCCGGCGCAUUAGCAGCAGUAUCGAGCUGAAGUGGACUGCCCGUCCACUGGAGUUUGGUGAACUCAUCAGCGUGAACCUUGACCUCCACUUCACCACAGACAACCACCUGGUUAUCCACAGCAUUUUGAAGAACGUCAGCCUACCCAACAAGGCUAUUGAGCAGUCGGAUGCGUCGACUUUCGCAAAUGUCCUGUCAAAGGUAAAGGACUUUCCAGCAUCUUUGCCAGAUACAGACUAUCUUUCGUUCACUGGGUCGCAGCUUGGACUAGAUGCGGCGAUUCUACGACAACCAAGCACGUGGGAAGAGGAACUGACGAUGCCAACCUUCACUGCUGGAAGCACCUGCAUCUUGAAAACAGCAGCAGAGAACAUUGCUGAACUAUCCAACAAUAUGGUCACGUGUGUGGCUCUGGAACACUGCGUGGGGAUCCAAUGUCAGGCAAGCGUUGACCUCAAGGUCGUUGAACCUGUCUUCCUGGUCUCCCUGAAGAUCAACCCCUGUUUGCCUGACGUUGGAACAACAAUCAGAUUCGAAAACGAACAACACUACCUGAACUUCAGCUCCACGUAUGACAUUUCAGAGGGACCCUUUGAAAUCCUCGACUUUGGAGACCACAUCAAGUUACAGUACAGCAUUCUACGCGGUCCUGAUCAGACCUUCGUCACGACCCUGAACCUUCUCAUGUGUGUGAACAACAUCUGUGCUGUGAACGUCCCCAUCUUGGACGAACUCGCCAUCCCCAGGCCUCCGUACUGCACUCGGAGGAGAAGGGACGUCCAGGCCACCGAAGAAGGUUUGAGUUUGGUGAAAACUCCACAGUUCGUUCCUCUCAUGAUUCACACCCUGGACAACGGUUUGGAGAUCCAGGCCCAACAGUGCAAGCACAUGCUACAUGUACACUACGACCCCAAAGCACCGGACUGCCCGGGUUUACCCCAGAUGUGGCACCAGCAAAAGCAGUGUCUACCCUACCGUAACUGCCGCGGGAUCUCCUGCUGUGUCCACCUGGAUCCGGAUCACACAGAUCUCAUGAGUCACGUCAGCCUGGACAUGGAGACAUGUGGACGGCACCUGACCAUCCGGGUCGGCAACUGGUCAUUCACCGAGACCAUACCAAAGGCACACAAGAGGUUCUCACAGAAAGAGAAAAUCGGAGAAGCGAUUCAAGUCUUGUAUGCCGCCAUGAACCCUGACGGGCACAGAGUUGUGGUGGAUUUCAAGCUACAUGUAUGCGACCACGAAUCAUCCGAACGGCACUGCCACAAAGUCGAGAUUCUAAAAGACGCUGUCAUCCCUCUGUUUGCUUGUCGAGAGGAGAAACUGGUCGGCGACACGGCCAGGGCUUCUUCUCUUCGCUACAAGGUGAAAGUCGCUAGACGAAUACCAGGCCCAACAACAACAGCAGUCCAAGUCGCUCCUCCUACUGGGAAGUACAAAGAGUUAGCAGCCUACAGAAAGCAACAGGAAGCUAUGCACCUGCAUCACAGCCUUGUGAAGAGGUCUGCAACAGCCACGAACCCUGUCCUGAACAUGACAUUCCUGGACAUCCGUAAGACGUUGGACUUAAACAACAUCGACCCAAUCCUCGCAUUCAACCUGAUGAAGAGCCUAAAGGAGCUGCUUGCAGACCUUGUCAAUGAAGCCAUCGACCUGCUCUUGAGUAAGGACACUGAAGAGCUCUUCAAGUCCCUCGACUUGACCUUCCGUGGCGGUUGGGAGUACCCCAGGCAGACGAUCAACUUCUUUUCAUAUUCACAGUUUUUCCUGGUUGGUGGGCUUGUACCGAUGACAUUUGGGUUUGGUGCGGAUGGGUUUUAUGGAGUACUUAUCACUUUGAAGGCCGAGAUGGGGACUAUGGGUCUGACAGGGACGUCGACACCUUAUAUAGGGAUAACAGUAUGGGGUGAGCUGGGUAUUGGUGCUCUCAUGUAUGGGAAACUCCGGCUGGAGGGAGACAUCAUGCAAACUCGCUUUCCCACUAUGGCAGAGAUGGGCUUCAGCAAGUUCCCAUUCGACGUUGGGAUGACGUUGGAUGUUGAGUUGAUCCCCCUGGAGUUGCGUCUGAAGGCGCUGGUCACAGUGGAGGUCAGCAUCCCACUGGUCGGAACCAUCAAAGAAACGCUGUUCGAAGCUUUACUGUGGCAGUUCACCACCCCAACUAUCAGCGCUCGGAUCCUGGAGCUCACCACUAAAGAGAAAGACGAGUCCCCUCCAAAGAUAGAACCGGCUGUUGGUGGAGGCGGAGGUUCAGGGGCACAGAACUGUGAGGUGAGCCAGAUACCGGGUCUGGACUACACCGAGCCGGCCUUCGAGAUCGAGAUAGCCGCCAGUGACGACAGGUCGCCCGCUAACCUGUUCUACAGCGUCGGGACAUCACCCGGGGACUCUGACAUUAUUGAUAUGGAGGCACUGGGAGGGUCUGUGACACAGAUAAAAGAGGACUUGAGGAAUGGCAUCCCGUUGUACUUCAUCGUGCAUGCCUGUAACACCGGUGGUCAGUGUGCUCAGGCCACCUGUAGUCUGCCCACCUACGACAACACUCCAACUACAGGCAAGAUUGAAGUGGACUACCUCUCCACAAGUGAUCCGACGAAGUUGAGUGCAGCUGUGAAGUUGUAUGACGACUCAAUGCUGACUGGUCAGAGAUGGGGGGUGGGGUACGGACAGGGCGUCUGGGGAGACCAGAUAGGAGCAUGGAGACCCUUCACCAUCACAAAGAGCAGCGCCAGAUCUGAUGGCUUGGGUGCUUUCACUGCUCCAAGGGAAGGUCGUCUUGGUGUGGCCGCCUUCAAGGUCAUGAUCGGGGCGGACACCUAUGCUGCCAGCCCCGAGACGUGUGCCGCCGAGUGUCUGAAGUACGACGAAGUACACUGUAAGAGCUUCAACUUCGACUACGGCGAAUCUAAGAACUGUGAACUCCUGGGAGAGAUUGAGGCUGUUGGACAGAAGAACGGACCACAAGUGCAAAUUUCUGGCAGGUUCCACUUCUAUGAGAGGCUGGGUGUAGGCUACACUGCUGCCCUCUCGCUGGAUGGUCUGGAGCUGAUACACAACAAACUGUACUUCUUCAAUGUGGAGGCAGACAACACUAUGGAAUAUCUGGGAGAAAUCUCUUCUCAUGGAAUCCUGGCAGACUUCACCCCACCGGACCCAGGUUUUGCUGGAGAAGUCCUCAGUGACGAGACGUUCUACGAGGCUUGUCACGACAAGGUGGUGGACAAGUGGCACCAGAACAGAUGUGAGACAGCCACGUCAAGACUACCCAACCACAGGAUUAUACAGGAUGGUCCAACAUCAAUGACUGUGACCAACGGCAUGAAACAUCAGGUGGGAGGGUUCUACACCAGGGCCAACACUUUCAUCUCAAUAAGUUUCGAUGGUAUCCAUGACGAUGAGACCGGUAUCUAUGGUUACUCGUGGUGUGCGGGUUGGGAGUACUGUGACUGUAUGAUCCACCCGCAUCACGACCCACAUGACCACCUGUAUGACAGCUCAGAGUGGACACACACCGGGACCAUCUACCCAGUACCACCUGCACCUACUGUAGUCAACGGGAUCCUACCUGACAGGAGGUACUAUCUGAGCAUUCGCGGCUUCAACCGAGUAGCCCACGGCGGUACGAUGUCUCUCACCGUCUGCCACACGUCUCCGUACGGUAUCGACAACACCCCGCCGGUGUUCCACGGUAUCACGGGGGUGGAGUUUGACAUUGAGACCAAUGACCUUCAGAUUUCCUACAAUACAAGUGAUGAACAGUCGGCUGUUGUGGAGGCAGACAUCGGACUGGGUCUCACCAAGUUUGACGUGCUGGUGAUGAACUGGGAACGUCACAACCACACCGGGACCAUCGAGAUCAACCCGACCAUUGAAGACGGCGUGCCCGCGUGGCCCAAAAUUAGGGCUGUCAACGGAGUUUAUUUGAUGACAGUUGGUACGGCUGAUGUUCCUAUCAUCAUUGACGGCUCUGCGCCCUUCCCUGGAGAGGUGUUGGAUGGGAAUGAUUAUGGGAAAGAUCUCGACUGGACCCCGGAGCUGAAUGAGGUGUGUGCUAACUGGCGAGACUUCUACGACCCUGAAUCUGGACUGAAGACCUACUGGUGGGGCGUCGGCUCCACACCAGGUGAAACAGAUCUGAUGGCCUUCCAGUCUGUGGACACCAGAACCCACCAGGCCUGCGCCAGCCUUGCUACGCCUCUGGUGCACAUGUCCAAGUACUACACCACGGUAGUGGCUGUACAUGGAGGGUACAGGGCACUGAAUGUCUCAGCAACAAGCAAUGGAUCCCAAGUGGACUUGACCCCACCGGAAUCUGGCUGGUUUGUGGACGGGGACAGUGACGAAACAGACGCCAACGGUGUCCCCGUUGACCUUGAGUUCACCUCCGAGCCUGCACGUGUCGACGCCCAAUGGGGAGACUUCAUAGACCCAGAGUCUGGCAUUGAUGAGUUCAUGUUGUCUAUCUACAGGAGACAACUGAAUGAUGAUGGCACCUAUGGAGACGACCAGCUCAUGCACGGUCCUGAUGACAUAGACAAGAGCCAGAGGGCUGCCAACUUCUUCCACUUCCACCUCAUUCAUGGUGAUGUUGUCUGGAGCAAACUGACAGCCAUCAAUGUAGCGGGAGGUGUGACAGAAGCCCUGACUGACAGCUUCAUCGUGGACCUGACUCCUCCUGUGUUUAACUACCUGGUGGACAUCUGGGAUGGGGAUUCCACAACAGAUAUUGACAGAGAUUUCCAGACAAACCAAGACUCCUUUUCAUCCGGCUGGGGUUUCUAUGACAACGAGUCUGGACUGGACCACUUCAAGAUGUCCAUCUUCGAGACCCUGCAUGGUACCAAACAACAGAUCUUCCCAGUUGGUGAAACCUGGGAGCUGCUGAACUCACCAUCCCUCACCCACCAUAAAGUCAGCGGCCUGAGCCUGAGUGCAGGCGCGCUGUACCAGACCAGGGUGGCGUCCGUCAACAGGGCACUGCUGUCUUCUGCUUACGACACUGACGGGAGCAUCGUCGACCCAUCGCCACCUGUGAUCCUGUAUGUACGUGUGGGAGUCCUGGAUGGCAGUGAGGAGGAGAAGAUAGAUGGUUAUGUGUGGCAGGCCGACCCUGAGGGCAUACAGGCGUCAUGGAAAGCCAUCGAUCCAGAAAGUCAGAUAAAGGACUAUUGGGUGUGCAUUGGAACAAGUCCUGGAUCGAGUGAUAUACAUGACUACACUAACAUGGGCUCAGAAGAAGCAGGUUACAUCAACGGACUCAGUCUCACUCUGACCGACUGGGGUAGCAAGACUCCUGUGUACUACGUCACGGUGAAGGCCAGGAACGGCGCCAACUCUUUCUCUGACACCACCACGUCUACUCCCGUCUUUGUGGUGGACAGAGACAGGGCUGGUUACGUUACUGAUGGAGCAGAGGAAGGUGUGGACAUCGACUAUCAGAAGGACGAUAUCACCCUCAUGGCACACUUCUCAGGUUUUGAGAGCCAGUUGAAUGGCAUCGCUCACUACCUGUGGGCUGUGGGGACCUCCAGUGGGGAGGACGAUGUUCAACCCUUCCUGUCUGCUGGGAUCAUCCUCAAACCUGAGGACCAAGUCAGGGGAGGAGGUCUGGGCGGUAGUGGGAAAGCAAGAGCUAUCCUCUCCCUGGACUGUGGCACGACGUAUUACGUGACUGUGCGUGCGGUCACCGGGGUGGGAGACAUCCUGGAGUCCUACUCUGACGGGGUCACUGUAGUCUGCAGCAGGCCAGUGGUCGAUAUCACACGUAUCGGCGUGGACCUCUCUGGUGGUAACACAGCUGUAACAGCAGGUGAAACAACCUACAGACAGGACAAGGAUGCCCUGAGUGCUGCAUGGGAAGUCAGUGAUGCUACCUGUCCGGUUACAUCCGGCUGGUACCAGUUUGGUUCAGUUCCUUCCGGUGCCAACAUCCGGUCAGCGACCAGCUACGAUCCAAGCUAUGGGAACAAGGCAGCUAUCACACCAGUUGGCGCAGGAAUGCCGAACAUCCUGACAGUCUAUGUAGAAAACGCAGCAGGCAUCAUGGGAUACUCCAUCAGCAGUAGUGUCAUCAUUGAUGAGACCCCUCCAGACCUGGGGACUGUGACCUGUCCUGAGUACCUACCCGGUGCUUCCACUGAGAUCUUUUGCACCUGGGCGUUUUUCCUGGAGUUGGAGAGUCGGAUAGACAGGUAUGAGGUGAGGAUCGGCACACAGGAGGGACAGGAUGACACCAUGGCUGCAGUCACUCUGGAGGGCAACAGGUCUGAAUACAGAGCCACAGGUCUUACCCUCGAUGACACUCACCAGUACUAUGUAACAGUGACAGCCUACAACAGUGUAGGUUUGAAGACUGAUGCCUACUCAGGCAGUAUUGUUGUGGACGCUUCUCCACCAAGAACUGGGGUUGUAGUGGAGCUCUCUGGUCUCAACAGUGUCAGCUUCAGUACUGAGGGAAGCUCUGCGUCUAACUGCACUGGAGAUGAAUGUGUGUUGGCCAAGGAUGCAGUUUGUCAACAGUCCCUCUCACAAGUGACUGCUGAAUGGACUCCCUUCAGUGAUCCGGACUCUUCCAUUGCUAAAAUGGAGGUUGCAGUUGGAAGUAACCCAGGAGCAGGAGAUGUGAGGGAGUACAGAGAGGUUGAAGUGAACCCUAACGGGCCCAUCGCUAUUGAAGGGCUGGAUCUCACUGACGUUUCACAGGUGUUUGUGGCAGUGAAGGCAUACAACAAGGCAGGCCUGACGACAGUUGCCAUCUCCAACGGUGUGUACAUCAGUAAGGACUCCAGAGGUGCGGUAUAUGAUGGAGAGAAGACUGGACAAGAUCUGGACUACCAGACAUCUCUCAACACUCUGUAUGCAAGUUGGGACUUCAGGGGCGACCCCUGUCCUAUUGAAACCUACGAGUGGUCAAUCACGAGGGUGGACGAAACGGUCGUACAGGACUUCACAGAUGUGGACGAGAACACCGGGAGUUCCAAUGAUAACCUACAAAUGAUGGACGGUGAAACCUACUACGUCACAGUCAAGGCAACCAACCUGCAGAAUGUUUCACGGAUUGAACGAUCCGAUGGAAUAACUGUCCAGAGGGAGCCGCUCAUCCCAGGACUUGUACGAGAUGGUCCAGUGCCUGGUUAUGACCUCAACUACCAGAUAGCCGACGAUGAGAUCUCCGCAAACUUUGAAGGCUUCGGUGUAGAUCGUAGUAGCAUCAACGCUGCGUCUUCUGGCAACCCUACAGUUGAACAAACAGAAGAGGAAUCUGCGCACCAGAAAGUCGACAAGUACGAGAUCGCAGUCGGAACCGACCGUCUUUACGCCCGUACCCGGGACAACAUCAUACCCUUCACCGAUGUGGGGCUGAACAAGACCUGGACCUUCUACUUCGUGCAGGAUCUGGUGCCGAAGACAGGGAUUUACUACGUGACUGUGCGGGCCUCCAGUGCUAACUACGCACAGGUGGAGGUCACUUCUAAUGGCAUCAGGGUGGGCUGUGAUGGUGGGGUCACAGCUGGUGAUGUGACAGUGCCAGCCUUCAUCAACUCCCCCUCCAAAGUGCUGGUGGAAUGGUCCAACUUUGAGACACGGGGACAGGGCAUUCACCUAAACUUCAUCGGCAUCGGACACAAGACUGACAACACCACAGCCUACCAGGCUGCACAUGCACUGCACUGCAAGGACAUGAUUGACAGUAACAGUGAGGUGUAUGCGUCUCUUGGUGAUGUUUUCACCGUCCGGGACUGGACCGUGGUUGAUAAGGAUACCUUCUACAAGGCAGACGAACUAGUCAUGCAGCACGAUGAAGAUUACUUUGCCACUGUGGUAGCCAUGGACGAAACUGGUGAAUGUAACAAGACGACAGCAACCUUCCAUGUGGAUCUGACUGAUCCAAUAGAAGGCAGACUGAGGGCUGGUCCACUGUAUGGCAUGGUGAUGACAUACGUGGACAGUUUUGAAACGUUUGAAGUCAACUGGGAAGGCUACUCGGAUCCGGAGAGCGACAUCGCGUACUACGAAGUGGCCCUGUUCAAGGCUGUGUCCUGCGCUGUAGAAGACGAAGAUUCCCUGUCUGUAGAUGUGGACUGGAUCAGGCUGAACAACUCUUACAGAUCAUAUGCGUUCGUGGAACUAGAUCUAAGGACCAACAUCCCUUACUACGUCCACCUGAGAACGACCAACAACGCUGGGUCCUCCAUCCUGACUGUGUCUGCGCCAAUCAUCUACGACCUGUCCAAAAUCUCCAUCGGUACUCUGGUGGACGGACACAACUACACCGAGGACCUUGAGUUUCACGGAGACAACACAACUCUCCCAGGUAUGUUCCUGCAUCUUGCUGAUCCUGCAGCUGAAGAGUGUCCGAGGACGCCCUCCCCCUUCACGGAUGGAAACUGGCAAGAGGUGACCACAGACAAGCUGUGGGGAAUGUGCCGAGACACCUCCAACUGUUGGAACGCCACCUUCAGGGCCAAACAGGUUGAGAUUUCUGAGAGCGGGGGUGAUAUAAAAAUGACCAUGAUCCGGGAUGUCCAGAAACCACAGGUAUACACAGGUGCCAUAUACAGGAAGGCUGAUAUGCAGAAGGGCGGGACUUACCAGGUUGACAUCAAAGCUGGUACAGGUAUAGCUGUCACCAACGUGCUGUUCUACACCGGUCCUGAUGGUACUGUCGGCGACUUCAACUACUGCAUGGCCUGCUGCUUGAGCGACACUGAUGCUAAGUACUGCCCGACGUGUACCUGCAGUUUGUACACAGUGGCAGCUCAGCCCGCGGCACAGGACACAGACACAGACACGGGCGCGGACACAGCCACAGACGCCCUGCCCUUCGCCGUCAUUCCCGAUCCUGUGUUAGGGGAGACGUACGCAGGAGACGAGAACGAACGAUUCAUCACUCAGAGUGCCUGUGGAAUGCAGAUCCACCCAUCAGGGGCCUCCAAUUCGAAGCUGGUACUGUGGUGCCGAUAUCACAACGAUCAGUACAACCCCACGUUCAAGAUUGUCUACCUUAACUUUAACCCGUCGACAUCUUGGUACACCUACAAAUUUGUCUUCAAGAUGACAACUUGGGAAACUCUUGAGGACUGGACGUUCGAAUUGUACAUAAAUGACCACCUGUGGGCCGUGAUCUCAGGUGCCCCAGCCUUUGACGACAUGACUAAGUUCAUGCUCAGCAUGUGGAACAAAGACAACCGCGUGCCAGAACUGGAGGACAAGUUCAACCCAUACGAAACCUACGCUUACUUCCGCAAUGUCAUAUUCCCCCCGCCCAGUGAUGUUCUGUGCCGGUAUGGCCGACCUUGGAGAGGGAACACUGCACCAAUUAUAAAGUACUACGGCGGAGUCAUGUCAGAAUAUGAGAACGGAACUGCUUACCAAGCUAUAGACUUCAGAGAGAUCUACAACCCCUGUAUCCCGUGUCUGGACGGCUGCAGCAGGUUUGCGUGUGACCCUGCCUGUGACGCCAGGGCUAGUGAGAACAUCGACUUCAAGUUCAACCUGACUGACCUUGACCUCCCCAGCACCAGGACUGUGACAGACGAGGAUGGGGACGAGGAGACUUAUGCCAUCCCAUACAAGCUCAUAGUGAAAGCCUUGUCUGCAAAGGGCCAGACUGUAAACACUACCUCCAAUGGCUUCUACAUCGACAUGACUGCCCCGGUGUUGGUGUCAUCUUUCCACUUUGACAAGGUACAGGGAGAACGGCCGACCUCCUACCAACAGUCUAACGACACCAUCAAGGCCUACUGGAGGUUCGCCGAUCCAGAAAGUGGAAUCAAGGAAAUCUCCUGGGCCAUCUAUGACAAUGACGGGACACAGCUUCAGGACUACGAACCCGUGGGAAUCAACCAGACUGCCGAGAACACCACCUUCUCCGGUCGACUGCUGAACAACCACACCUACUAUGUGGCUCUGAAGGCAGUCAACAAGGCAGGACUUGUUGGGACUGGUACUACAUCAGGUGUUACUGUGCAACUGUUGCCACCACAAGUUGAUGUAGAGACAAACACACUCGGAACUGCAGAGUUUGACACGCCAACAGUUCCUGUUGCUAAGAAGAGCGGCAACGGGAAAGAAUGUGGGGUUUCCUUCCAAAAGCCCAGUGAUGAAGGAAUAAACAAGACAUUGGUGGGUGUUACGACAUGUGGAGAAAACCCUGAGUUCACAGUUCCCUACAUCCAAGUCGCGACCAACGGCGCUGGAACCGUUGCCAUCAGGGACGGCCACCUGUACAUUUCUGACGUGGUCGUGGCCAACGUGUCCGCCCUCCCCAAACCCAUCGACCUGGCCUGCUUCAUCGAAGCCGAGACGAGGCCCAGCACAUCGGAUGCAGAGGCACAAAAGUCGGCAUCUAGUUACAGGGCUGCUAACCCUAACGCAAAGGAAGAUAGCGCCACUCAGUGCAGAUGUACCAUGACCUGUGUAAAGAUGUGCUACCCUUCAAACCUGUGUGCUGAGAAAUGUGACGGACCCAUCGUCACCCUGCCUGAUGGAGACGAGGCUGUGACAGCUCAGCCUGGCCAACCACUGACUGCCAGCAGUGCAGACCUGAGAAAGAGGAAGAAGAGGGCAACCCCAGACGACUACGACCUCACAAUAACAGCCAUGGGUGAGGUGUCUGCUGGAGUAACCCUGGCCUUCGGGAUGUUAGAUGAUACCCGUAUUGCAGAAGAGUAUGGCUCUGAUGCCUCUGAUGACUUCAUCCCCUACAUCACUGAUCCUGCACUCACCAUAGAAGCCAACAUGACCUCCAGAUACCUACUGGGAAGGAUUAAAACCAUCAUGAACCCAAGUUUCUACCUGACCGUGGUGGGCCAGGUCGAGCUGAACGACUCCAUCGCCAUAACAACGACCUUUGACCCCUCUGCCAACUGGACAGAACUCACCCAGCUGUUGAUCUUUUGGAACAAAGAAUUGGAUGAGUGGGAUGACGCAUCACGCACCUGUAAUGAACACGGGCAGACAGAGGUGGAUGAAGUUGCGGGGACUCUCACGACAUAUGUCUGUUCUACCAACUACCCAACCCAACGUAGCCAGAGGACCAGGCGGUCCACAGACAGCAGUGUUCACUACUUCAGCAGGGAGACGCAGUUUGCCGUGGUCAUCGCUCUGAAGGAAAUCCCCAACGAACCUCCGGAGUUUACCUCAACUCUACAAGUCUGGAUGGAGGAGGAUUCAGGUACCCUGAUGUACUGGAUCGAGUCUGAUGAUGCGGACGGGGAUGACCUGAUCUACGGGAUCGUGCCUGGUGAAGUGGCUCAGCUCGGGACUAUCUCUCUGUCAGAGGACGGGCUGCUCACCUACAAGAACUUCAAGGAGGAGUGGGGCUUUGACAAUCUCACCAUCUUCAUACGCGAGAACCGUACAGAUGACGACAUCAUCCCAGCCCUGGAGACUCAAGCUCUUCUCAGCAUUGAAGUCAUCUUUGUCAACGACUGGCCGGAGUUCUCUGUAGAAAUUGAUGGCCAGAUGAGACGUGUGACUGAAAACAACUCCCUCGAGGUGACUGUUGAACAGAACAUUGAAACCAACAUCUACUACGAGCCGUACCAGAUAGUGGUGACAGUGUGGGACCCUGAUAACUACGACACCCUCCAGGUGGAACAGUACAACGCCACGUUUGGAACAGCUUACAUCGAUAUGUUAGAACCAGAUCCUUCAGAGAUCCCACCAGAAGGAACUUUCAUCAAGGCACGUCUGACGUACGUCCCUAUAGAGAACUUCUACGGCCAUGAUGAGUUUAUCCUGAUCGGGAUAGAUGCGGCAGGGGCGUACUCAGAGCGUCUCAUCUUCGACAUGCACAUUCUCAACAUGCCCUGCGUCAACAACGCUACCUGCAAAGGAAUUGAGGAUGACUGGAACUGUACGCACACCAAACGUGCGGAUGGAUAUGAUGGGUAUGAGUGUGAGUGCCUCCCCGGCUGGGUGGGCCGCUACUGUGAGACGGACUUUGACGAGUGUGUGUCCAACCCCUGCCAUUGGCCAAAGGAAUGUCGCGAUGGACUCGACCACUACUGGUGCCAGUGUCCAGACUCGAACCCUAACUGUGAGGUCCUGCCGCCCUGGGCGAUUGCUCUCAUUGUCUUGUCCUUCGCCGCAUCCAUAACUGCUGGGGCUGUCUACUACAGAUACAGGCAGCUCAAGAAACGCUAUCACAUCAAGAAACUCAACAAGAGCCUGGAGAGUCCGCAAGAUGAGACCAAGGGGAAAGAGACCUUCCUGAAGAAGGAACGCCUGCCUCCAGAAGGGAUCCUAGGGCCCAUGGCCUUGUCGGGUGAAGAUGCAGUCAAAAAGCCGGCUCCAAGACCUCCGGUGCCACAAGGACCCACUGGAUUCACCAAGGCCGAUGCUGCGACCAAGAGGCUGCACCCGGCGGCAGCCAUGGAGCCCAUGCGGCGGUCUCCCAUCAACCUCAGCAGCCGCAGGAACUCUGUCGGCGUCCUGGAAGGGUCAUCGACGUUCCUGGCUGUACCUUCGUCUGACGUGGCACGGCGAGCGUCAGAUAGUAGCGUCAUUGAGAAGGUGCCCGAGGAGACAGCCUUCGCGCCCACCCCUGAACCGGAGAGGAUCCCGACACCAGUAACUCCCACUAAUGUUGAACUCAUCACCGACGAACUGGCAGAGAAACGGCAGAUGGCCUUACAGCGUGCCAAACAACGCUUCGCCCAGCCAGCCAUCGGAGCUGAAGCUUCAGGUCUCAACCCGUUCUCCCGGACUGAUGCUGAAAUAGCGAAACUACCACGGGGCCCUGGGCACAAGAGGAGGGAUCCUAGCAUGUGGGACUGAGAUUGUUGUCAACAACGGAGAAGAAGCUUAAUAUAAUUAAGAUUUAUUUUUGAUUGCUGUGAUGUUCAAAUCUAUUAUUUUAAUUGAUUUAUCACAAAGAGCUGUCGGUAUAAUUUUCAUUUUCAUCACGUAUAUAAGUUUUGUAAUGUACUAGCAUUUGUGUCAGAUGAUAUUUUGGAACACGAACAUCCAGAACUUUGUCUAUGGUCAACAACAGCUGGACUUAUAAUAUAAUUAUGAUUUAUUUUGAUUGCUGUGAUGUUAAAAUGUUUUAAUUUAUUAGUUUAUCUCAAAAACUGACAGUAUGACUGACAGUCAUGUAAUACAUUAUCUUUUGUAUCAGAUAUGAUAUUUUGGGAACAGGAAUAUCUAAGACUUUGAA